CACUGCGCAAGCGCCCUCUCUAGGGGAGGGCAGAAGGGGCGGGCCUUUGGCCACUAGGGGGCGGGGGUGAUUGGGUGGAGUUUAGUGUGCACGAAGCGCCAAACCUAAAGAUUUAACUGCGCAGGCGUCUCAACGGUUUCCGGCGACCAGAGGGCCGGUGCUAGUCUGGAGCGGGUUUGAAGUGCGGCUUGGUACGUCGGUCGCGUCCGACGAGAUCGGGACAGCUUAGCCGGGUGUCCAACAGCAGGCACGAGGAAGAGCGAUCAUCUUCGCGAUCUCUGUCCCGUCUUGCGCCCGCUCGGGAAGCGGCGCGUCUCCUGUCACGCCGGCAGAAGAGUUCCCCUCCUGGCCCCAGUUCCAUCUCCCUUCCCGUGGCGCCGGGCUGGCGGCGUUGUCAGCUGGAGCCUUCGCGUUGGUAGGAGAACUCAUGAGAAGACUGUUCCAUUCUUCACCUGCUAUCCGUCUUUUAAAACCCAAAUCAUAUGCUUCCUCUAAUGUGAAGAUUUCCCUGAUGCCCAUAGCAGGAAAAUGGCAAUUGGGCAGGAGCGCGUGGUUGCCCUGGUGGACAUGGAUUGCUUCUUUGUACAAGUGGAACAGAAGCAGAAUCCACAUUUGAGAAACAAACCUUGUGCAGUUGUGCAGUACAAAUCAUGGAGGGGUGGUGGAAUAAUUUCAGUCAGUUAUGAAGCUCGUGCAUUUGGAGUUACUAGGUAUAUGUGGGCAGAUGAUGCUAAGAAGCUAUGUCCAGAUCUUCUGCUAGCACAAGUUCAUGAGACCCGAGGGAAAGCUGACCUCACCAAGUACCGGGAGGCCAGUGUGGAAGUGAUGAAGGUGAUGUCUCGUUUUGCUGUGAUUGAGCGUUCCAGCAUCGAUGAGGCCUACGUAGAUCUAACUAGUGCUGUACAAGAGAGACUGCAAAAGCUGCAAGCGCAUCCUAUCACAGCAAACUCGUUGGCAAGCACCUACAUCCAGGGGUUUCCCCAUGGCACUAGGGACCUGGAGGGACCUGUUCAAAAAGACGAAAUACGAGAGCAGGGAGUAAUCCAGUGGCUUGAGUCUCUUCCUUUUGAUGACUCCAGCUCUCCAGACCUGCAGCUCACUGUGGGAGCAGUGAUUGUGGAGGAAAUGAGAGCGGCUAUAGAGAGGCAUACCGGUUUUCAGUGCUCAGCUGGGAUUUCACACAACAAGGUCCUGGCAAAACUGGCCUGUGGAAUAAACAAACCCAACCGCCAGACUCUGGUGUCACAUGGAUCUGUCCCAGAACUCUUCAGUCAUCUGCCUAUCGGUAAAAUCCGUAGUCUUGGAGGAAAGCUGGGAGCUUCUGUUAUUGAUACCCUAGGAGUGGAGUAUAUGGGUGAGCUAACCCAGUUCACUGAACUCCAGCUCCAGAGUCACUUUGGAGAAAAGAAUGGAUCCUGGCUGUAUGCCAUGUGCAGAGGGAUUGAACAUGAUCCAGUAAAACCCAGGCAAUUACCCAACACCAUUGGCUGUAGUAAGAAUUUCCCAGGGAAAACAGCCCUGGCUACUCAGGAACAGGUACAGUGGUGGCUACUACAGUUAGCCCAGGAGCUAGAAGAGAGACUGACCAAGGAUCGAAACGACAAUGACAGAGUGGCCACACAGCUGGCAGUUACCAUCCGGGUACAAGGAGACAAACGUCUUAGCAGCCUGCGCCGCUGCUGUGCCCUGGCCUGCUAUGAUGCCCGCAGGAUGAGCAGUGAUGCAUUUGCUCUUAUCAGAAACUGUAAUGCUGCUGGAAUCAAAGCUGAAUGGUCUCCUCCCCUCACCAUGCUCUUCCUUUGUGCCACGAAGUUCUCUUCUUCUGCUCCACCAUCUUGCACAGAUAUCACCAGCUUUAUGAGCAGUAACACGUCUCUUCAGAAGUCAGAUGUUGCCGGUUCAAAUGUUAAAACUGUGGAAAGUGGCCCCAAAGUGGUAGCUACUAAGAGAUCCACCGGUUCUCUGGAGCUGCUUUUCCAAAAAGCUGCAGAGAAGCAGAAAGCCAAAGAGGCUUCCAUGCCACCUUCUGCUACUACUCAGGUCCCUGCAUCCAGUUCACCACUGAAAUCCUCUUUACAAUUUUGUUGCAACAAUACAACUGAAAUAGAACCUUUCUUUAAACGAAAAGAUAGGGAGGCCCAAACACAUCCACAUCUUCACAACCGCUUUUCUGCUCCUCUCCCUUCACAAAAUUCAUUGCCCAUGGCUAGAAACAUCACCAGGAACCAGUUUUCUCCAGAAGAGCCAGAUCACCAUGAAGUCCUAGAACCUAAACCUUCCGCAGCUCCUCUAGGAGAAAUGGCUUUGGCCCAGAGUGGGCCAAGUAGACUUGGUUCUUCUCCGGACAGUACUGACAAGGUAGCUACUAGUGUCCCAGCUUUUCCAGAUGCUGAGGACCAGCUGUGCUGUGAAAAAUGUGGCUCUUUGAUAUUAGUGUGGGAAAUGCCUGAACACAUGGACUAUCACUUUGCAAUGGAACUGCAAAGCUCAUUCUUGGGGUCCUGUUCUUCCAAGUCUCCUGUUGUCCCUGCUACCUCCCCUUCUCAGGCCAAGAGAAGUCCCAAGAGCCCCUUGCCUUCAAGUGCCAAGCGCCUUAGGCCUGAGGGCACCCGAACGUUGGAAUCAUUUUUUAAGCCAUUAACACGAUAGCUCUGGCUUAGGGCUUACUUGCCCAGGAUUUAUCAUUUUUAUCUGAAAUCCUAGAAACAGAAAUAUGUGUGGCAUUUUAAGGGAAAUCCAUGAUAAACUUUUCUAGCACAGACAAAAAAUUAUCUUCACAACCCCACAUAAUGGGUGAUCCUUGAAAGAUGCUGUUUUUCUAAUUGUAGACCCUAGUGCAAAGCCUUAAAAUCUAAAGUUCUUGAUGCUUAUUACAAUGCUCUGUGCCCAGUUGGGUGUUUGAUAAAUACAGGUAUGCCUUAGUAAGGUGGCCCCAACCUGUGUUUCAUAGUAAUGCUAUUACCAAACACCACAGUAAUGAAUUAAAUUUGUGAAAGCUUACUAUAGUGUAGUUUGACUGAUUUCCUAUUUAUAACCCUUUUUUAUGUGACUAAAAUUGCCCCUUGAAAGGUUGUUUUGUAGAACCAAUCAAUGGCAUUAGGCAGGGUAUUUCUGUGGUAACCAGACCAGUUAAUGACAAGUAAGGAUUUAAUGACAAGUGAUUCUUCUUGAUAGCCUCCAAUUUUAGGGCUUUUUCCUUUUUAUUCUGAAGUAUAGUGGAUUUAAUGGAACAAAAUUCUAGCUGUCAGAGAAUGAAUUUUAAGGUAUUAUGCUACAGUCUCUGCAGAGGAAGUCUGGGACAUGGCUUCACUCUAGAUAGAGAAGCUAAUCCAUGUGACACAGAGGAUUCCAAAGGCCAAGUCUAUAAAGGGCAGUUGUGUUUUUUUUCCCCCUCAAAUACCAAAAAAGGACUAGAUGUGAAAGGAAGGAGGCAGGAUACAAUGGGAAGAGUAGUGGAUUUAGAGCUUAAAGCUUUGGAUCCAGACCCUGUUCCUCCACUUACUAGUUGUGUGACGUUGGGCAAAUCAUUUAACCUCUCUGGGCCUCAGAUUCUUCAUCUGUAAAAUUAAGGGAUUGGACUAGAUGGCUUCGAGGUCCCUUGGAGUAUUCAUUAGAAAUUCUUAUCCUGCCAUCGCCAGCACUUCCCAAAUUAGGGCGAUUAAUAAGAAAUUGCUUCUCUAAUUGACCCAUUCACAUGUAGGAUACUAACAUGCCCUUCCUUUGUGUCUCUGCUUAAGCAAUUUCUUCUGCUUACAGUGUUCUUCCUUCCCCAACUCUGAUCAAAAUUCUGCCCAUUUUGCUCUUAUUAAUAAUUUCACUAGCUUUAUAAAUCAGUUUGCGUAAUUAUGUAUAAUAAUGUUUCCUGGAGUCUUGCAUAUGUAUGUAGCACAGUGGUCUUUUAAAAAGAUUCUGUUAUUUGUAAUGGAUUAAAACAGUCCUCUUGACUCAAA